AUGUUCAAAUACGCCGUUGUUGUCCUCGCUCUCGUUGCCUGUGCUGCUGCCAAGCCAGGACUUCUGGGUGCUCCUCUGGCCUACACUUCUCCAUUGGCCUUGGCUGCUCCUGCUCCAGUUGUGACCGCCACCAGCAGUCAGGUGAUCGCCAGGAACUUCAAUGGAAUCGCCGCUGCUCCAGUGAUUGCUCCAGUGGCUGCCCCCGUGGUUGCGAAGUACGCAGCUGCUCCAUUGGCCUACACCUCUCCAUUGGCGUACUCAUCUCCCCUGGCGUACACCUCACCUUUGGCCUACAAUGCCCUGCCAGCUGCCCCAGUUCUUCGACAAGGAAAGCGAGGAAUGAUAUCAGACAAGUUCAAGUCUUCGAACCGAAAACACCAAAACCAACCAACCAUCACUAUGUUCAAAUCCGCUGUUGUCAUCCUGGCCAUCGUUGCCUGUGUUGCUGCCAAGCCAGGACUUCUGGGUGCUCCUCUGGCCUACACUUCCCCAUUGGCCUACACUGCUCCUCUGGCUUACUCUCAUCCCGCUGCAGUGGUGGCUGCUCCUGCUCCAGUUGUUACCGCCACCAGCAGCCAGGUGAUCGCCAGGAACUUCAAUGGAAUCGCAGCUGCUCCAGUGAUUGCUCCAGUGGCUGCGCCUGUGGUUGCUCCCGUGAUUGCCAAGUACGCAGUUGCUCCAGUGGCUGCUCCCGUAAUUGCCAAAUACGCAGCUACUCCGCUGGCUGCUCCUUUGGCCUACACCUCCUCCUUGGCCUACUCCGCCCCUCUGAGCUACGCCGCUGCUCCCGCACCACUCCUUUUCUAAAAAACAACAUCUGUGAUUAGCUAGAAAAAUAAACUACAUUUUUGGAACUGAA